AUGAACACUCCCACACCCUCGCAAUUAGAACGCAUCCGAAAAGAUGCUCUUCUUUAUCCUUUCACCAAUUAUCUGUUCAAAAUUACAACCAAUGUCAAUGAAUUGUUAUCGAGCAAUAAUAGUAGUAGUGGUAGUAGUGGUAACAACAAUAAUAGUAGUAGUGGUAGUAGUGGUAGUAGUAGUGGUGGUGGUGAUGGUGAGAAGGAUCAUCAUGAUGACGACAAUGAACAACAACAACAUCCUUUGACUAUUUUAACACCCUCUCCAUCGAUGAGAUAUUUCUUAUUGCAUCGAGAUGAAAUAUUCAAAUGUUGGAAAGGAUUUAUUGGAAUACCAUAUCCUAGCAAUACUACUAUGAUGACAGACAGUAGCAAUAACAUUACAACCAUCAAUAAUAAUAACAACAACAAUCAUAAUGAACACUUUACAGCAAUAGAUUCAUUACAUUCUUUAAACUCAUCAUCCACAAUGAUGAAUACUAUUAUUUCUCCACUCAUUGGAAUGAAUGUCAAUGAUUUAUGUCAAGAUGGAUUUAUUCAUGAAAUGAAUCAUUUUGAAAAACCAAUUGAAUAUCAUGGAUAUUCACAAACCAUAUUUUCAAAAUUAAAUAUUUCCUAUGAUGAUGAUGAAAUGACUGUUGUGAAUAAGAAGAUGAAUAGUAAUACUACUAUUACUAUUGGCGAUGAUAGUACUACGACGACUACUACUACUAUGAAUACUACUAUAAAUACUACUAUAAAUACUACUAUGAAUACAAUCUCCACCAUUCCUAUGAAUCAUGAUACGAGUAAUUGUGUCAAUGACAUGACCACCAAUUCUACCAUUCAAUAUAUGGAAAUGAAUUCACAAGAUAUUUCUCAAUUUAAAAAACAUUUCAAAUCCAUUUAUUGGUUUGGAUUUGAUUGUAAUCAUUCACUUGCAUUGAAUUUAUUUGUAUUAAAUCGAAUGAGUCAUGAAACUGAUCUAUUUGAAAUGUUAAUGGAAUUAUUAGAAAAUUCACCCAUGGAUUUUAUCGAUGUAUCACCCAUUGAAUAUCUCAAUGAUGAUGAUGAUGAUAUUCAUGAGAAGAAGAAGAAUAGUACUCCUCAUGAUGAUAGCACCACUACUCUGACCACCACUGAGAAUGAUAACAACAACAACAACAAUAUUGAAAUUGUAAGACAAAUGAUUGAUGAAUAUUUACCUGAAAGGUCAUACAAAACUUUUGAAGAUUGUCUUCAACUCACUCACACUCUAAAUAAUAUAUUAUAUAGUUAUGAAGAGAUGAAGAGACAACAACAAGAUUUACAAUUGAAGAGUGGAAAAUAUAUUGAUUUGAAAAGUGUUGUUGUACAAACUAUGAUGGGAGAUGAAUCUAAUAUUAGGAGGAAGAGACAUGAUCAAUCCUUAUGA